UGUGAGCUGAUGUAUUAGUGAAGACUCAUAUCCUGUACGGAAUACUUGUGGUUAUGUCUGAAGGACGAUCUCGUGCGUGUUCUGAGUGUACCAGGUUGUCCUCAUGAGUGCUCCAGUGGAGAAUGUCCAUGAUCUUCUUCGCCUGUGUGGUGCGGGUGAGGGAUGGGCUUCCCCUCUCAGCCUCCACCGAUUUUCAUUUCAACCGGGACUUUCUAGAAUGCAGAAAGAGAUUAAAGGCAUUAUCAUCAGUUUUGGCACGGUAUCCAAGUCGAGGCACAGCAAAAGGACGUGACCUUAGCAUACACUUUCUUUCCUCCGAUGAUAUUGCCUGCAUGGCAAUCUGUUCCAGCAAUUACUCGACCAUCAUGGCGUUUUGCUUCCUGGAGGAGCUUCAGUGGGAAUUUGCCGCCUCCUAUGAUACAACAAGCAUCAAUUUAGCUUCCAGACCGUAUGCUUUUCUUGAAUUUGAUAAUGUUAUUCAGAAAGUGAAGUGUCAUUUUAACCAUGCAAGCGGCUCUCAAACGAAGGCCAACUGGGAGAGGAUUCAGGAGGAGCUGAAGUUCCAGCCCCCGGUGCAGCUGAAGCUGGAGGACGCAGAGCUGAUGAAUGGGAUGACUAAUGGUGGGCAUGCAGAAGUUCAUGUGGAGGUUGCCCCCACUUACAGAAUGCAGCGUGUGACUCCCCUGGGGAUUCUCUCUCUUGUUCUGAACAUCAUGUGUGGGGCCUUGAAUCUCAUUCGAGGUGUUCACCUAGCAGAGUAUUCAUUUCAGGAAGACCAUGAAGGACUUGGAAAUGUGAUUGCUUUUUUCCUACCUUUUAUAGCCUGUGUUCUUCAGCUCUGCGAGGAAGACAAAGACAUUUGUCCUUUUCUUCUCUGUUUGUUUGUGCAACAUCUACUUGUACGGACUGCGCAACCUCUGGCAAAUAGCCUUUCACGUGGGAGUGGCGUCGCUUUCCUCGCAUCAGAUACUGACACGGCAGCUUAUGGAGAAACAGCCCGAUUGCGGCGUAUGAAAAGAUCUUGGGCUCGCCACGCUCUUUCUACAGCUGUUCUUUUUGUAUUAAACUGGCUGAAAAUAAUUUGGAAGAGUUUGAAAGGUCUGUGGCAAUGGUUAUGGCGGGUGGGAUGUGUGGAAGUGAUUUGGAAUAAAUCUGGACCCUUUAGUAACAUCAAAUCUACAUCGAGGAACGUAGCUGAAUCAACAUGGCAUGUGGUAACCAUGCAUGGUAGAUUUGGUCAGGUGUUGUCAACGAAUGGAGGUUCUCAUUGCCAUAAACAGGCUCUUACUUCUUGACUAAUAUCAUCCACUCAGUAUUUUCUCAUUUGCCUUGCUGGCUUUGUAACAGUCUGACAUGUCAGUGUCUUGCCCUGCCAGUUCUUAUGAAAAAUACCAAACUGUAUAGCAAAGCAAGGAAAGCAAAGCACAGGUAAAAUUUUUGCCUGUAGAAUUUGUCAAGCAUUAAGAUUCUUGGUAAAUGAAAGUGAAGAAGGAGUUGGCCAUAAUUAGGCAAUUCUGGUUAACCUUUGUGGUGUGGAGGGAAACAAAAAGCCUGUGGCUCCUUUGAAAACCAUAAAGGCUCUAAAUAUCUUCUGGCAAAAGGGCACAUCUUUGUAGUUAGGUAUGUACUCAUUGGCUACUGUAAAUAAGCUUGGAGCAGCAUAAAACCAACCAAGUGAAUGUAAGUGAACUUUCAGCUCAAGUGCCCUUUAUUUCUUUGGUUAAGGUCACCCUUAUUGUACGGACAAUUCUAUGUUUGCUUAGUCUGUACAGAUAAUAAAUCUUCCAAGCCUACUUAUGACAGCCAGUGACUGCUUCACCUUAAUAAAUUAAUGUGCAGUUGGUGAGUAGAAAACCAUUUCCAGUAAUGGAGAGCAAGAGCAGGAUCUCUUUAUUACAUCUAAAACCUUUAGCUAAUGGUGUUGAAGUCCUUACACUAAGAAGAAUUUAUGAGAGUGCACUUUUGAACAUAGUACUUAGGAGCUCAAUUUCUUAACCUCUGCUGCACUGGGUUUUCUUCUGUUUAAUGUAUGGAUGUGGUUAUGGGCAUUUUAGGAUGUGUGUGAAUACUUUAGGUUAUGUUUAAAGAAUGCACAGCAAUUUAAUGUGGCUGUCCUUGAAGAGUUAUGAAGCCUCCAACUGAAAAUUUUUAGGGAACUGUAGGUGUAUCCCCGCGGAAAUAUGGUCCUGGAUUUUUUUUCCUUUCCAUAGGGAACUGUUUUCUGCUCCACAAAAUGUCUUUUGCCAAAGAUUCAUUUUCCUUUCACAUAACCUCUACCUCUAGUGGUUGCAAAGAGAUUAACGUGAUGCAGAACUACCUUCCUGAGUUUGCGGAAAUGCAUAACAAAAAUCCUCUUUUGCAUCUUGGUGAGUUGUUUCUACGACUUUAGCUCAAUGUUUAUGAGUGCCAGGAGACCGUGGUGCUGCAUCUCGUAAGGACAGAAGCUCUUCAGCUGAAAGCAGUUUUGUGAUGCAGCUGACUGCAGUGGAAGCAGCAUGGAACCUGUGGUGACAGAAAUUUCCCAGCAGUGAAAUGUGGAUAUUUCCCACCCUAUGCUAGCCAGUAGCAAUGUAAUGAGACUCUUUAAGCUGAGGAAUAGUCUACUAGAAGGGAUGGAAGAGUAUUUCUAGCCAGGCAGUUUAGAAAACGACUAGAACUGUGUGCCAUAGAGCGAUACUUCUAGUCUACCUCCUUCCAUAGAGAACUGUUUGUCACAGACUGUGGCAGAGAACUGGGCUUAAGUAGAGCCAGCCGUAAACCACCAUCCUUAGGACACACAGAUAUGAGGUGUUUGGUAAAAAACAACAAGCUUUGCGUUUUCGUACAGUUCAGUCCGUGUUUUAGUUGAGGUGAGAAAAGGAUACUCCCAAAAUCUCAGUCUGGAAGCCUCUGCUUUGGUAAGGACAUCCAUUUGGACCUGGCGUUUGUGGGUUUGAUCAUCAGCUCUCUGCCAUAUGAAGGGCGAUCUCACCCCACAGGGAAAGGAUGAGGAGUUUUGUGCUACAAAUGGAUAAAACUUAGUGAAAGGAACUUCAAUGACCUGUUCCUGCUCCCAGUUUGUACACCAUGAGCCUUCUUGAGUCCAAAGCAGCUUUCCUGAUUCACGAUUGACUUGAAUAAUUCAAGUCAAGGCCAACAGCACUAACAAACCAGCACUUUAGGCCAGUGAACUCUUCUUUCCGUUCCUCAUCCUUGUAUUGAGUUGAUUGGAAGAAACUGUGUCGUUCCUAAUGCUUGUCCUGGCAUUUGACUGCUUGCUUUGUUGUGAAACCAAUAUAUCCCCAUGCCAGAUGUUAAUAACAGUUCUGCGAUAGGAAAAAAGAUGAUGGGACAGGGUGUGUAGCUAGUUUUUGUAGUUGACAUGUUUAGAAUUGAUGAAGAUUAAAUUCAGCUUUUCUUUAUUAUGUUCCUUUUCCUGUGACUCUUUUGCUGAAACCAAACGAAAUCAGUUGGUACAAUUCUGCCUUCCAUAGGGUAAUUUUCUUUAUCUUUGUGGAUAGAGGAUGUGACUGCAUCCUUUCUACUAAAUGGACCAAACUGUGGUUUAUUGUUAGUCUUAAUCCCUUUGCAACCUUUUCUUUUUUUCUAUAAAUUAUGUUAAGAAAUUUACAUUGAAUAGUAUAUACGCACUUUGUAG